UAAACUACCCAACGGUAACGUUUUCAAUGUGUAGUUAACUUCCCACUGUCUAAGCCACAAACCGGCGAGCUUAAAUUAAAUGGCAAGAGAGAAAGAUUAGUCCAUGGGUGGAAAAAAAGUAUAGGCCCGGCAUUUAUAUGUUUAUAUCUGACAGACAGAAGAAGGGGAACAGAGAAUUAUAAUGAUGACGAGUUCUGAUAAAAUGGACAACUCCAUGGAAACAGAAGAAGAAAGCAUGGAAAGCAAUGAGUUUGAGAAGACUAAAAUAAGUCGUAUGAGAACCUUGGUUGAAAGACAAGAUCCCUCUUCCAAGGAAGUAGAUGAUUUUACAUUCAGAAGAUUUCUGCGAGCUCGUGAUUUAGAUGUAGAGAAAGCAUCUGCCAUGUUCCUCAAGUACCUGAACUGGAAACGAAACUUUGUUCCCAACGGUUCCAUUUCUCCAUCCGAAGUCACCCAUGAAAUUGAACAGAAUAAGAUGUUUCUGCAAGGAUCAGACAAGAAAGGACGACCCAUAGCAGUUCUUCUUGCUGCAAGACAUUUCCAACAUAAAGGGGGUGUGGAAGAAUUCAAGCGUUUUAUAGUCUACAUUUUCGACAAAAUAUUCUCAAGGUUGCCUCCAGGACAAGAGAAAUUCAUCAUCAUUGGAGAUCUUGAAGGUUGGGGAUAUGCAAACAGCGACAUCCGUGCUUACCUUGGAGCUUUAUCUCUCGUGCAGGACUAUUACCCCGAAAGACUAGAAAAGCUGUUCGUAGUUCAUGCACCAUACAUUUUCAUGACAGCAUGGAAAAUUGUUUACCCUUUGAUCGACCACAAAACCAGGAAGAAGAUAGUAUUCGUUGAGAACAAAAGGCUCAAAACAACUCUGCUUGAAGAAAUAGACGAAAGCCAGCUCCCUGAAACAUUAGGUGGCACACUGCCAUUGGUUCCAAUUCAUGACAGCUAAGCAUAUAUUUUUCAAUAACCAGCAUACAUGAAGUGCUGCUGAAAAUGGAGUCCCAAGUCUGUUUAAAGACUCUUACCAAUAGAAUUUGGGAAGUCUGUUAAUAGACUAUAAUGGGAUGUAUGAUUUAUCCUUAUUCACUAGAAUUCUACAAUAAUUUAUCCUUAUUUAUUUCGUGAUGCCCAUUGUAUAAGAUGACAAGCACGGUACCAGAUAUCAAGUUUGAUAAUAUGAGUCAUAUGACAAUACUAACUCGUGUGCAUCACUGAGUUAAUGUUACAAUUUAUGGGCUUCAUAUGAAUACUUGUUUCUUUUCCCCCAUUUUUCUCAGGCAAUACUGCUAUAACAACCAAACUCGUUAGAUUCCUCAAACUGCUCUAACAUUCAAUAAAAGGCUAACGGGCACCAAUGAAAAGUAUAUAAUCAUUCAAUAAGAAGAAGAAAAUUUGGAUUUAGUCAUAGCCAUAUAAACAUGGAAACCAAUGAC